AUGAUGGCGCUUCCCUUUUUGCUCUUCCACACGCCCGGGUCCAGCUCCACGGACGGCCUCAGCCUCAGGCAGAUCUCGUACUUUGGCCGUGUACUUAUAAAGCCAUCGAGCGUCGAGUAUGCUCUCUCCUUCGUCCGUGAGAAUUUCUCUCUGCUAGAUGUCUGCAUUGACGCUAGUGCCAUCGCGGAGGUGGCAGACGUCGUCGAUGUUCUCAACACCGGGGCUAUCCUUGCAUUCAUAACGCUUGAACAGCUGAAGGAGCUGUCAAAGGAGCAGAGCGUCCCUUCAUCACGGCUAGUGGUACUUCUGUCAUCAGCUUCAGAGGUGUUAGAAUUUAAGAACUGGGUGGCUGAAGCCCCCGAGCGCAAAGAGAUUGGUGCCAGCUGCACUUCAUCCGAGGCAUUGGAUACCGUUGUGUCCGAAUUGGCAGAUGAAUGCUCUAUCAAUACCGUUUAUAGAUCCUAUGAGGCCUCAGCAACCCAGACAACUCUUCUGACCAAUGCUCAGGAGGGUGUAGUUAGUAUUAUUCCUGCUGUAUCUCUGUCUGUGGACGACGAGGAGCUGUCACCUGCCAAGCUCCUGAUUGCUGGAGCCGUCCCGGAUAGCAACAGUGGAUUGUAUGCUACAACCGUCACUGAUGAGCGUGGAAUUUCACUCGGGCUCGUCUGGAGCAGUAACAAGAGCAUCGCGGAGGCUAUCCGAACCGGAACAGGAGUAUACCAGAGCAGAAAGCGUGGGCUAUGGUACAAGGGAGCUUCCAGUGGUGACACUCAAGAGCUUGUCAGAGUUGGCCUUGACUGUGAUAACGACUGCCUUGUCUUCGUAGUUAGACAGAAAGGAAGAGGUUUCUGUCACCUCGGGACAGCCAGCUGCUUUGGAGCAUAUAGUGGCCUAUCUCGCCUGCAGCACACCCUGCAGACACGAAAAGCGAGUGCUCCCCCAGGAUCAUACACCUCACGUCUCUUCAAUGAUCCAAAGUUGCUGGAGGCCAAGAUAAUGGAAGAAGCGGAGGAACUAUGCCAGGCAUCGAAAAAGGAAGAUGUGGCAUCCGAAGCUGCAGAUUUGAUCUACUUCGCCCUUACCAAGUGCAUUGCCUCUGGGGUGUCUCUUGAAGAUGUUGAAAGAAAUCUUGACCUGAAGAGCUUGAAAGUAAAGAGGAGACAGGGAGACGCCAAACCAGCUUGGUCAGAGAAAGUUGGUCUCACUUCUACCAAAGAUAGCUCGAAAGAGCCGGCUAAAGAGGAACCCAAAUCCAAAUCUCAAGCUACAGCGGAUGAAAGAAUCACAAUGAAAUGCUACGUUACUGCAUCAGCUCCAUCAAAAGUUAUCAGAGAGGCGUUGCAGAGACCAUCACAAAAGUCUAAUGACGCAGUCGUCAACCUUGUUCGCCCGAUAAUACAAGACGUCCAACAAAAUGGGGAUGCAGCGGUGCUAAAAUAUACCCAUAAAUUUGAAAAGGCGACCUCCUUAACAUCCCCCGUGCUGCUUGCCCCUUUCCCUGAAGAACUGAUGAAAUUGUCCCCCGAGACUAAAAAUGCGAUUGACGUCAGCUACGAGAACAUUCGUCGCUUCCAUGCCGCCCAACAGGAUGAAAAGCCGCUGUCGAUUGAAACCAUGCCUGGAGUCGUUUGCUCGCGCUUUGUUCGACCGAUCGAGAAAGUUGGCCUUUACAUACCCGGAGGAACGGCUGUAUUGCCCUCGACUGCACUUAUGUUAGGUGUUCCCGCCAUGGUUGCUGGGUGCAAGCACAUCAUCUUCGCCUCUCCUCCACGAUCAGAUGGUAGCAUCUCCCCCGAGAUCGUAUACAUUGCCAAAAAGGUUGGGGCAGAUAGCAUUGUGCUUGCCGGCGGAGCCCAGGCUGUUGCAGCUAUGGCAUACGGUACAGAGAGCAUUACCAAAGUUGACAAGAUUCUCGGCCCAGGAAAUCAGUUUGUAACUGCUGCCAAGAUGUUUGUGUCCAACGAUACAUCCGCCGGUGUUGGUAUCGAUAUGCCUGCUGGUCCUAGUGAAGUUCUCGUCAUUGCUGAUAAACACGCAAACCCUGCCUUUGUUGCUUCUGACUUACUCAGUCAAGCAGAGCACGGCGUUGACUCGCAAGUCAUUCUUAUUGCAAUUGACUUGAAUCAAGCCGAGCUUAAGGCUAUAGAAGAUGAGCUUCACUCACAGGCCAUGGCUUUACCGAGAGUAGACAUCGUGAGAGGUUCAAUUGCGCACUCCGUCACGUUUGUUGUCAAGGAUGUGGAGGAAGCCAUGGCCUUGAGUAAUGAGUAUGCUCCCGAACAUUUAAUUCUCCAGCUUCAAAACGCAGCAGACAUCGUUCCCCUAGUACAAAAUGCUGGAAGUGUCUUCAUUGGCGAAUGGACGCCAGAAAGUGUCGGUGACUACUCCGCUGGUGUCAAUCAUUCUCUACCAACCUAUGGUUAUGCAAAGCAAUACUCCGGAGUGAAUCUAGCCUCCUUCGUGAAACACAUCACGAGCUCAAAUUUAACGGCUGAGGGGCUGCGCAAUGUAUCGAGUGCUGUGAUGCAGCUGGCUUCCGUAGAGGGCUUGGAUGCCCACCGUCGAGCAGUGUCCAUCCGCAUGGCGGCAAUAGACCGUCAGUGA